AUGGUUAUGUUGAAGCAAAUCGGGCCCCAGGUUACCUGGUUCUGCUGUGAAUGUGAUACAUACAUGGAAAAGGGUGUCUGCCAAAAGUCCGAAUGCAGUCAUUACACGUGCAAGGAGUGUACAAUGGAAUCGAAUGUCGGCGACGAUGUUGAAUGGACUUGCUGUCGAUGUGACAGCUCAAUGACGGACGGUGUUUGUGAUGAUUCAGGAUGCGAGCAUCUCACGUGUGAAUGGUGUGAAUGGGAAAUGGUGCAUUCAGAGGAUUCUGAUGCAGACGAGGAUUCGGACGAUGGAUCGGAUGAGUGGUCAGAUGAAAAUCCUUACAGUGCGGGCUGGCUGCGCACGGAGCAGAUCGACGUCGACUCUGGUCGUCGCGAGAUCGACUGGGAACCUAUCCACGCUGAACGUGAACGUCUCGCGGCUAUACCGGCCUAG